GAGAGAGAGAGAGAGAGAGAGAGAGAGAGAGAGAGAGAGAGAGAGAGAGAUUUGAAUUUCCCAUCUGGAAGGGGAGCAGGAGCGCGUCAGGGCCUGGCAGAGGGGCGGGAUUGGAGGGCGCCUCCCGCACAGCCGGGGCCCCAGCUCGCCCCGCGGAGUUGCACGCGGCGCUGGCGGCAGCAGCGAGCUCAGAGCCCGGGAGCCGCCUCGCCAGCCGCGCGGAGCCUGCAGCGGGCCGGACCCGGAGCGCCAGAUUGCCACGUGACCCUGAAGCCAGCUUUCCCGGAGCACUGCACGCCAAUCCAGCUGCCAGUGAGGCCACACUGUUAACAGAGCCGGAAUCAUGGACUUCGUUAUGAAGCAGGCCCUGGGAGGGGCCACCAAGGACAUGGGAAAGAUGCUGGGGGGCGAGGAGGAGAAGGACCCUGAUGCGCAGAAGAAGGAGGAGGAGCGGCAGGAGGCACUGCGGCAGCAGGAGGAGGAGCGCAAGGCCAAGCACGCACGCAUGGAGGCCGAGCGCGAGAAGGUCCGGCAGCAAAUCCGAGACAAGUAUGGGCUGAAGAAGAAGGAGGAAAAGGAGGCGGAGGAGAAGGCGGCCCUGGAGCAGCCUUGCGAGGGAAGCUUGACCCGGCCCAAGAAGGCCAUCCCGGCGGGCUGCGGGGACGAGGAGGAGGAGGAGGACGAGAGCAUCCUGGACACGGUCCUCAAGUACCUGCCCGGCCCGCUGCAGGACAUGUUCAAGAAGUAAUGCGCCGCCAGGCCCCAGCCCUGCGCCACUUCAUUAUUUUUUGGGGGGGGCGGGGGGAGGGGUGUUUCUUUUCUUUCUUUCUUCAGUUCUGUCUCAACUCUGAAGGGGGGAAACAUCAGUUGGCCUCUGCCCCCCCCCACCAACCCCUUCCCAGGGGCUCCUCCUCCUCAGCACCCCUUCCCCUGCAUUCCCGGG